CCGCCCGCGCUCCCCAUGAAAAACCAGCUCCACGGCCCCCCAGCGCGGGCGCACAUGUCGGCCUCGGGGACGGCAGCGGCGGGGGGCACCCGGGCGGGGUCCGAGCCCGGUGCAGGGUCCGGGUCCGGCGCGGGCACCGGGGCGGGCGCGGUGACGGGAGCGGGGGCCAUGCCUUGCAAGAGCGCCGAGUGGCUGCAGGAGGAGCUGGAGGCGCGCGGCGGUGCGUCGCUGCUUCUGCUCGACUGCCGGCCUCACGAGCUCUUCGAGUCUUCGCACAUCGAGACGGCCAUCAACCUGGCCAUCCCGGGCCUUAUGCUGCGACGUCUGCGCAAGGGCAACCUGCCCAUCCGCUCCAUCAUCCCCAACCACGCCGACAAGGAACGCUUCACCACACGCUGCAAAGCGGCUACUGUGCUGCUCUACGACGAGGCCACUGCCGAGUGGCAGCCCGAGCCUGGCGCUCCCGCCUCAGUGCUCGGCCUACUCCUGCAGAAGCUGCGCGACGACGGCUGCCAGGCCUACUACCUCCAAGGUGGUUUCAACAAGUUCCAGACCGAGUACUCUGAGCACUGCGAGACCACCGUGGACAGCUCAUCCUCACCGAGUGGCUCACCACCCACCUCAGUGCUAGGUCUGGGGGGCCUACGCAUCAGCUCUGACUGCUCAGACGGCGAGUCAGACCGAGAGCUGCCCAGCAGUGCCACCGAGUCGGACGGCAGCCCUGUGCCAUCCUGCCAGCCGGCCUUCCCCGUCCAGAUCCUGCCCUACCUCUACCUUGGCUGUGCCAAGGACUCCACCAACCUGGACGUGCUCGGCAAGUAUGGCAUCAAGUACAUCCUUAACGUCACGCCCAACCUGCCCAACGCCUUUGAGCACGGCGGCGAGUUCACCUACAAGCAGAUCCCCAUCUCUGACCACUGGAGCCAGAACCUCUCCCAGUUCUUCCCCGAGGCCAUCAGCUUCAUUGACGAGGCCCGCUCCAAGAAGUGUGGUGUCUUGGUGCACUGCCUGGCAGGCAUCAGCCGCUCAGUGACGGUCACUGUGGCCUACCUGAUGCAGAAGAUGAACCUGUCGCUCAACGACGCCUAUGACUUCGUCAAGAGGAAAAAGUCCAACAUCUCUCCCAACUUCAACUUCAUGGGGCAGCUGCUGGACUUUGAGCGGACGCUUGGGCUAAGCAGCCCAUGUGACAACCACACACCCAAUGAGAAGCUCUACUUCUCCACGCCCACCAACCACAACCUGUUCCCACUCAACACGCUUGAGUCCACGUGAGGCCAGGUGCACAGGUGGCAGGGCCAACUGGGAGGGCCCAAGCCUACUGCCUCUGGCCUGAGAAACCCACAGAUGUCACCUUUGACCAGUGGCCCAGGCUCAUAGGUGGCCGAGCUUCACUCACGUCAUCCCGUGGGGGGCAGGGCCCACAGGCAAGGCAUUCCCCUGCAAGACUUACUGAAGAGGCCCUCAACUCUCAGACACAUGGCUUUGGGGGUCCAGCAGGGCCUCAUCCUUCCCUAGGACUCUACUUUCUGCUGAUGGCCCAGCCAACAUGGCUACUUUUUAAAGACACAUCCACGGACAUGAAUUUCCUUUUUACUUUUGGCAGGUAAAUCCAAGCUCCCUGGAGCGCGGAGAGUAUUCAAGCUCUUCUGAUUUUUCUUUUUUUAACGGAAAGUGUUAUCUCCAGGCUACAUGCAACAGUGGAUUGUAUAAACCAGUAUUUCAUCCCUUGAUACUGCGAGAGAGAGAAACGUCCCAGUUUUGUUUUUCUAUUUCAAAAAGUAAUUACUGGUGUUUUUUUUUUUUUUUUUUUAAUGGAAAAGACAAACCCCGUGUUGAUCUUGACCAAAUGCGUUUUGCACAUGUGUGAAGCCUCCGUUUCCAUGGCGGGCCCUUUUGGAAGGGACAGCUUGCUGCUCUCUAGGUGUCGGACUGUGCCCACAUCCCCCACCCUCGGCUCAGCCCACUUGGCAGUGCAUUUGCCUGCCAUGGCGGCUGCCGUUGUGAUUGGUGGGCUGUGCAGGUGGCUUUUUCGUUCUGUGUCUUCUCCACUACCCUUCCGCUCCCCGAGGCAGGAGGUGGGGGCCCUGCCCUACUGGAGGUAGCAUUAGCCCUUGGGCUCAGCCCCUAGGAGGCCCUGGGCCCUGGGCCCUUUUAUAUAUUCCACCCACUACUUGUAUCUGCUUUUUUCUUUCUUGCUCUCUCUCUCUCUGUUUGCACCUGGGAGUGGAGGCCCAGUGGCCAGGGAAAGCUUAGGUAGGUGGAGGCCCAGCCCUGCCUCCAAGUUUCUUCCCCUUUCCCUGGCCGUUGCUUUGGUCCCGCUGCCACUCUCAGCCCCCUUGUCCCCGUGGACGCCUGCACUGCUCUCAUCUUGUCCAUGCCUUCUACUCCCAGGAGACUCACACCCAUUUCCACCCCUGGGCAGGGUGGGUGGGGCAAGGAUGCAGGGAGGCACCCUGGGCAAGUGGAAGGGUUGUGAUGCUCUGUCUGCCCCACCCCACCCCGAGCAGCCACAGAACAAAGCCACGGAUUCCGUUAUCCUCCUCCACUUUUGUUCCUUCUCCAGGUGUCAGGGCUGCCUGGGGGCCUGGGGAGGGUGAGCAGUCAGGUGGGAGUCCCUGAGGGAGCCAGCACUCAGCAUGUGAGCGAGGCCACGGAAAUUCUGCCCCCACUGCAUCUUACCUCACAGGGGCUGUUUUCAGGGAUUCUCCAGGGCAGUGCAGUCAGAUCUUGCCACAGGUGAGAAAGUAGACAGCAGGCUCCCAUGCUGUACAUGCUUCUCUUUCUCUCUCUUUUUUAUUUUUAAAAAGAAAAACCCAGAAAGACGCAUCAGACUCGUGUAAAUGAGGGGAUGCCAAGAGGGUGGCCAGUUUUGCUUUAUGAUCUUAUGAAGGGAAAUUUGUGACCCUACGUAUAUAUACACAUACACAUAUAUAUCCCGAACCAGCAACGGGACUUUGUUUAUAUUGCAAAUAAAUACUAUUUUUUCUUUAAAAUGAGUUGUGGUGUCCAGUAAAGCUUGGAAUCAGGGAAGGUGAGGAGGGAGCACCCUGGGCUGUCCUCCUGGCCCCUCCUGAGUGUGAUGUGUUGGCCUGGGGUCUGCUGGGCACUGUCAGCUGGCCUCCUGGCCCCUCCUGAGUGUGAGGUGUUGGCCUGGGGUCUGCUGGGCACUGUCAGCUGGCCUCCUGGCCUCUCCUGAGUGUGAAGUGUUGGCCUGGGGUCUGCUGGGCACUGUCAGCUGGCCUCCUGGCCCCUCCUGAGUGUGAAGUGUUGGCCUGGGGUCUGCUGGGCGCUUGCUUUCAGGAUCAGAGGCUCCCUACAGAUGGGAGGGAACGCCAAGGCCUCUGGGUAAAGCUGGGCCGGAGUGGGGGCGGCAGCAUUUCCCCACCUCUUCAGUAGAGGCAUCAGGGCUUUCUCCAUGGGCUUCUACUGACGGUUUGACAGGAAAUUGAGGUUCAGGGAGGUUGUGCGGGCCAAGAUCACACAAUUGAGCCCCAACUCACCCAGUGUUGCCCUAGGCCCUCCUUAUGGAUAUUGUCCAAGGCCUUCAGGCUCCUGAGCCCCCAGGUCACCUUUUCCUUGCUGUUGUGGUUGGGAGAGGGUAGUCUGCAUGUAACCUCGCUCUCCCCUCCCCCCACAGUUCUGGGAUGCCUUGUGGGACUGGGAAACCUCAUCAGCCCUGCUUUGCUCCUUAGGAGCUGAGUGGCCUUGGACAGAUCCCUGAGCCUCAGUAUCCAUCUUUGUAAAAUGGGACCAAUUCCACCCAGAUACUGAACGCUUUCCGCAUUUAGGGCAAAAUGAGCAUGUUAUGCUCACUUACAGGUCUGAGCCUGGAGUCACAGGGAGGAAUCAGCCACCCUCGGGCUUCUCCAGAGCAGGGUAAACAUUGGCCCUCUAUCCAGGCUCCCACUGUGGGGUCCAGGAGAGGCCCCAGGCAGAGCAGGAAGCAGGGAAAGGGCCUGGAGAAGGACAGUAACAGCGGCUUGGUGGGCUAAGGCCCCACGGGCAGCACAGCCUGCAUGACGCUGGGAAAUGGACUGGCCUGUCUCCUGAGCCUCUGGCUGGAUUGCGUGAGCCUGUCCAGCGCCUUAGGAAGCCUGGUUACUGACUCAAUUUCCCCAUCUUUGCCUCUUGCCUGAUUA